AUGCCCUGGUCCACAAAGAUAUGUCAGUUCUGUCGGAAGCGAUACGCCAACAAAAGAGCGCUUUAUAAUCACCUAUCUGAGUACAUUGGCGCCUGGCGUCUUCCAGCCGAUGGGAUCCACGAUGUCUUGCAGAUUGAGCAGGUCAUCCGCCGCCUUUAUCCUUCGGCCUACGAGGCCGAUGAAGAUCGCAAAUACAGAUGCUGGACAUGUUGCAAGAUAAUCACGUCGCGUCGGCGGUUUACUGAGCAUGUUAUUUAUCGGCGCCAUUGUGGAUUCGACCCUGAAUCAUGGACGGGAAGAGGCAGUAUGAAUCUCCGCAAAUGGUCCCUCCCUUUUGACGAGGACACUGUUCUUCUCCGUGAAGAUCCAUUUCCAUUUCUCCGUCCCCCCGGGAAUACUGCCUGUCCAGAGUUGCGAUUUAUGGUCUACGGAUUUCUUCUCUGUUUCGAAGAGGUUAAUUUUGGGGAAUACCUGCGCUAUACAGACAUUGAUCCCCACAGAAGUGGGCUCUGGCAGCAGUAUAAUCCCGACAACAAUCUACUGGCCAUUAUGUCUGUAAGCCGUCAGAUUUAUGAUGAAGCCCGAUGGACAUUUUACACUGGAAACAGGUUCUCAUUCGAAUCGUUCGACAACCUCCCCGUUUUCCUGGUCGGAAUCGGAGUCGAAAACGCCAUGCUCUUGCGAUCAGUGAGCUGCAAGGACAGAUCGGAAAAGUUCAAAGACUACACAGAUCACAUUCAAUCGUGUCUAAGGCAGGCGGCCACGACGGGAGACACGUCAACUGGGGACCUCUACAUCCCGCAUAUCGAGGACCUGUAUCUGAAUCUUGCAAACCAAGACGCACUGAGACCUAACAUCUUGCCUUUUUACUGGAAUGAUAAUCGUCGCUUGCUACGUCCGGACAUUACGUCCGUCUCUAGUUACCCGAGUCGAAUACGUUUUACGCUCAGCGCCACCCUGCGACAGAAUGGCAAAGACACAGUAAAUGCCGAUCGAAUGUAUCUGGCUGCAUAUGAAUUAUACGUGCAGAGGAACCGAGGAGACUCAUAG